AUGUCCAAGAAGAGGAGUGUGAUUCAAUUCGAUGCAUUUCAAGAACAAUACUUUCCGCAAGUGGAUGCUCUCUUUAAAAUUGGAUUUGGAUUUGAAGAAGAUUUACCUGCAAAAUUAAAUCAUUCUUCCAUGGGAGGAAUGACAACUUCUUGUGUGGCCAUCUACAGACAUGAUUUUCAACAACAAAAUGAAGACCAUAGUGCUGCUGAUAACCAUGCUGAUGAUAAAAAUGAUGAUGAAUACUUUGAAUUGGAAUCGUUUGAUCCUCAACUUGCAGAUAUGGAUGGUCAGGUGGUUGGAUUUCAUCUAUUAUAUGCUCCAAAUUGUUGGCAGCCACAAGAUUUUCCAUUGGAAUUCAAUGUAAGCGAAUAUAGUUAUGGAUUGGAUCAAUUAGGAUUUUGUGAAGCAGUGGCCGUUCAUCCGAGAAUGCAACAGCGAGGAAUUGGAAAGAAAAUGUACGUUUGGUCAGAAAAAAAAGUUCGCCAACUGAAUCCAAAUUGUAAAGGUUUUAUUACGCAUGUGUGGACCGAAAGUUCUGGAGCUUUGCCUUUGUCUAAGGCAAAUAGUAGUAGCUCCUCGAAAGCGGGUGGUGUCCAUAGAAUCAUUAAAAUUCACAAGAAUGCAUGGAGACAGUACUAUUUGGAUUGCGGACUUGUUUGCAAUUUUUGUAAUGCAAUUUGUUGUUGCACUUCGGCCGAGUGUGAGACUUUAUUUAAUGCACCCAAUGAGAAGUAA